GGGGUGGAGGAGCUGUGGGGGAGGAAGGUUUGGAUGAUCAAACUUGCCAAUGAUGUUACGUAUAGACGGAUGAACCAGACCAUGGAGAAAAUGGUCAAAAUGACCGACUCCGAACACACCCAUUUCAUGCGCGUGGCCUUUGGUCAGACCUCCCCUAUGUUGCCAGACUACGAUUCUAUCGGGCCUCUGGAAUUUACGGAUCCUACGUUGAACGACUCCCAGAAGGAGGCUAUUCGGUUUGCUCUGGCGGCGCGCGAGAUUGCCCUCAUCCAUGGCCCGCCCGGGACCGGCAAGACGCACACGCUGAUCGAGUUGAUCGUGCAGAUGGUGCAGCGCAAGCAGCGGGUGCUGGUCUGCGGUCCGUCGAACAUCUCCGUCGACAAUAUCGUGGAGAGACUGGCGCCGAAGAAGGUCCCCGUGGUGCGCAUCGGACAUCCGGCGCGGUUGCUGCCGUCUGUUCUGGAUCAUUCAUUGGAAGUGCUGACGCAUACGUCGGAGGCGGCGGAGAUUGUUCGCGACGUCCGCAAAGAGAUCGACCAGAAGCAGGCAAGUAUUCGAAAGACCAGGUCAGCGCGGGAGCGACGAACCAUCUACGAUGAUCUGCGAGAACUGCGGCGCGAGUUCCGCGAGCGCGAGAACAAAUGUGUGGAGAACCUGGUCCGCGAGAGCAGCGUGGUGCUGGCAACGCUGCAUGGAGCAGGUGGCCAUCAGCUGAAGAACCAAAAGUUCGAUGUGGUCAUCAUCGAUGAGGCGAGUCAGGCACUGGAGGCGCAGUGCUGGAUCCCGUUGCUGUCGGCAUCCAAGGUGGUCCUGGCUGGUGAUCACUUGCAGCUGCCGCCGACCGUCAAGUCGACCAAAGAUGAUGUUAAAAAGAUGAAGGCCAAAGAGGACAAGAAAGAAAACGGGGAGUUGCUGGACAAUGUCUCGCUGGAGACGACUCUCUUCGACCGACUGCUGUCGAUGCAUGGGCCUGGAAUCAAACGGAUGCUCACGACGCAAUACCGGAUGCACGAGAAGAUAAUGCAAUUUCCGUCGGACGAGUUGUAUGACUCUAAAUUGAUGGCUGCAGACUCUGUCAAAGCUCGACUACUCAAGGACCUACCCUACGAAGUGGAGGAGACGGAUGACACCAAAGAGCCGCUGGUGUUCUGGGAUACGCAAGGUGGUGAUUUCCCUGAAAAGACCGAGGAUGCGGAUCUGGGCAAGAAAGCCCACCUGGGCGACAGUAAGAGCAACGACAUGGAGGCUCUAGUGGUGAGCCGGCACGUCGAUGCGCUGGUGGACGCAGGGAUACACCCCGAAGAUAUUGCGGUGAUUACACCAUACAACGGUCAGCUGGCCGUGCUGUCGCAGAUGCUGCGAGAGAAAUACCCCAGCAUUGAGCUGGGCAGUGUCGACGGGUUCCAAGGGCGUGAAAAGGAAGCGGUGGUGGUGAGUCUGGUGCGCAGCAACAGCGAGCACGAAGUGGGAUUCUUAGGGGAACGGCGUCGUCUCAACGGUAAGAUCCCUGCCAAGUGGCGAGGGUGCAUGGACUGACAGCAUUAGUGGCCAUGACGCGGCCGAAACGGCAUCUGUGCAUCUGCGGUGACUCGGAGACGAUUAGCAAGGGCAGUGGGUUCCUGAAGCGAUGGAUGGGAUU